AGAUCACUCAAAGGCUGGUGGCUGAGGGCAGAUGCAAGCCAUGGUAACGUCUAUCACGCUGUUAGAGGUAGAUCUACCUCUUAGGCUGCGCAGCAAUAAUAAUUUCUCUCCAAAAGGACUGGGGGACGGUAGAACGGGCUUUAAACUGCCGAUCAAGUGGAGCUGACUCGCUGGGACGCACGCUGGCUCCCCACCCACGGGGCCGGCCUCCGGGAAGCCCCUCCCACGCGGCCCUCGGAGAGGCAGUUCCCCCACACGGCCCCCCGGGGGCGCUGCGCGAGGGGGGCGGGUGCCUGGAGCACAGCGCUGGGGCCGCCCGCAGCGCUCACUCGCUCGCACUCAGUCGCGGGAGGCUUCCCCGCGCCGGCCGCGUCCCGCCCGCUCCCCGGCACCAGAAGUUCCUCUGCGCGUCCGACGGCGACAUGGGCGUCCCCACGGCCCCGGAGGCCGGCAGCUGGCGCUGGGGAUCCCUGCUCUUCGCUCUCUUCCUGGCUGCGUCCCUAGGUCCGGUGGCAGCCUUCAAGGUCGCCACGCCGUAUUCCCUGUACGUCUGUCCCGAGGGGCAGAACGUCACCCUCACCUGCAGGCUCUUGGGCCCUGUGGACAAAGGGCACGAUGUGACCUUCUACAAGACGUGGUACCGCAGCUCGAGGGGCGAGGUGCAGACCUGCUCAGAGCGCCGGCCCAUCCGCAACCUCACGUUCCAGGACCUUCACCUGCACCAUGGAGGCCACCAGGCUGCCAACACCAGCCACGACCUGGCUCAGCGCCACGGGCUGGAGUCGGCCUCCGACCACCAUGGCAACUUCUCCAUCACCAUGCGCAACCUGACCCUGCUGGAUAGCGGCCUCUACUGCUGCCUGGUGGUGGAGAUCAGGCACCACCACUCGGAGCACAGGGUCCACGGUGCCAUGGAGCUGCAGGUGCAGACAGGCAAAGAUGCACCAUCCAACUGUGUGGUGUACCCAUCCUCCUCCCAGGAGAGUGAAAACAUCACGGCUGCAGCCCUGGCUACGGGUGCCUGCAUCGUAGGAAUCCUCUGCCUCCCCCUCAUCCUGCUCCUGGUCUACAAGCAAAGGCAGGCAGCCUCCAACCGCCGUGCCCAGGAGCUGGUGCGGAUGGACAGCAACAUUCAAGGGAUUGAAAACCCCGGCUUUGAAGCCUCACCACCUGCCCAGGGGAUACCCGAGGCCAAAGUCAGGCACCCCCUGUCCUAUGUGGCCCAGCGGCAGCCUUCUGAGUCUGGGCGGCAUCUGCUUUCGGAGCCCAGCACCCCCCUGUCUCCUCCAGGCCCCGGAGACGUCUUCUUCCCAUCCCUGGACCCUGUCCCUGAUUCUCCAAACUUUGAGGUCAUCUAGACCAGCUGGGGGACAGUGGGCUGUUGUGGCUGGGUCUGGGGCAGGUGCAUUUGAGCCAUGGCUGGCUCUGUGAGUGGCCUCCUUGGCCUCGGCCCUGGUUCCCUCCCUCCUGCUCUGGGCUCAGAUACUGUGACAUCCCAGAAGCCCAGACCUUCAACCCCUCUGGAUGCUACAUGGGGAUGCUGGAUGGCUCAGCCCCUGUUCCAAGGAUUUUGGGGUGCUGAGAUUCUCCCCUAGAGACCUGAAAUUCACCAGCUACAGAUGCCAAAUGACUUACAUCUUAAGAAGUCUCAGAAUGUCCAGCCCUUCAGCAGCUCUCGUUCUGAGACAUGAGCCUUGGGAUGUGGCAGCAUCAGUGGGACAAGAUGGACACUGGGCCACCCUCCCAGGCACCAGACACAGGGCACAGUGGAGAGACUUCUCCCCCAUGGCCGCCUUGGCUCCCCCAUUUUGCCCGAGGCUGCUCUUCUGUCAGACUUCCUCUUUGUACCACAGUGGCUCUGGGGCCAGGCCUGCCUGCCCACUGGCCAUCGCCACCUUCCCCAGCUGCCUCCUACCAGCGGUUUCUCUGAUGAUCUGUCAACAGGUUAAGUCAAUCUGGGGCUUCCACUGCCUGCAUUCCAGUCCCCAGAGCUUGGUGGUCCCGAAACGGGAAGUACAUAUUGGGGCAUGGUGGCCUCCGUGAGCAAAUGGUGUCUUGGGCAAUCUGAGGCCAGGACAGAUGUUGCCCCACCCACUGGAGAUGGUGCUGAGGGAGGUGGGUGGGGCCUUCUGGGAAGGUGAGUGGAGAGGGGCACCUGCCCCCCGCCCUCCCCAUCCCCUACUCCCACUGCUCAACGCGGGCCAUUGCAAGGGUGCCACACAAUGUCUUGUCCACCCUGGGACACUUCUGAGUAUGAAGCGGGAUGCUAUUAAAAACUACAUGGGGAAACAGGUGCAAACCCUGUAGAAGGAUUGUAAGAGCCAGUUUAAAUCUGCACUCUGCUGUUCCUCCCCCACCCCCACCUUCCACUCCAUACAAUCUGGGCCUGGUGGAGUCUUCGCUUCAGAGCCAUUCGGCCAGGUGCGGGUGAUGUUCCCAUCUCCUGCUUGUGGGCAUGCCCUGGAUUUGUUUUUAUACACAUAGGCAAGGGGAGUCCUCUUUGGAAUUGUGAUUGAAGGAUUUUAAAGCAGGGGAGGAGAGUAGGGGGCAUCUCUGUACACUCUGGGGGUAAAACAGGGAAGGCAGUGCCUGAGCAUGGGGACAGGUGAGGUGGGGCUGGGCAGACCCCCUGUAGCGUUUAGCAGGAUGGGGGCCCCAGGUACUGUGGAGGGCAUAGUCCAGCCUGGGCAUUUGUCUCCUAGCAGCCUACACUGGCUCUGCUGAGCUGGGCCUGGGUGCUGAAAGCCAGGAUUUGGGGCUAGGCGGGAAGAUGUUCGCCCAAUUGCUUGGGGGGUUGGGGGGAUGGAAAAGGGGAGCACCUCUAGGCUGCCUGGCAGCAGUGAGCCCUGGGCCUGUGGCUACAGCCAGGGAACCCCACCUGGACACAUGGCCCUGCUUCUAAGCCCCCCAGUUAGGUCCAAAGGAAUGGUCCACUGAGGGCCUCCUGCUCUGCCUGGGCUGGGCCAGGGGCUUUGAGGAGAGGGUAAACAUAGGCCCAGAGAUGGGGCUGACACCUCGAGUGGCCAGAAUAUGCCCAAACCCUGGCUUCUCCCUUGUCCCUAGGCAGAGGGGGGGUCCCUUCUUUUAUUCCCUCUGGUCACCACAAUGCUUGAUGCCAGCUGCCAUAGGAAGAGGGUGCUGGCUGGGCAUGGUGGCACACACCUGUCAUCCCAGCACUUUGCAGGGCUGAGGUGGGAGGACCGCUUAAGCCCAGGUGUUCAAGGCUGCUGUGAGCUGUGUUCGAGCCACUACACUCCAGCCUGGGGACGGAGCAAAACUUUGCCUCAAAACAAAUUUUAAAAAGAAAGAAUGAAGGAAAGAGGGUAUGUUUUUCACAAUUCAUGGGGGCCUGCAUGGCAGGAGUGGGGACAGGACACCUGCUGUUCCUGGAGUCGAAGGACAAGCCCACAGCCCAGAUUCCGGUUCUCCCAACUCAGGAAGAGCAUGCCCUGCCCUCUGGGGAGGCUGGCCUGGCCCCAGCCCUCAGCUUUUGACCUUGAGGCAGAGACAACUUCUAAGAAUUUGACUGCCAGACCCCAGGCCUGGCUGCUGCUGUGUGGAGAGGGAGGCGGCCUGCAGCAGAACAGCCACCGCACUUCCUCCUCAGCUUCCUCCGGUGCGGCCCUGCCCUCUCUUCUCUGGACCCUUUUACAACUGAACGCAUCUGGGCUUCGUGGUUUCCUGUUUUCAGCGAAAUUUACUCUGAGCUCCCAGUUCCAUCUUCAUCCAUGGCCACAGGCCCUGCCUACAGCGCACUAGGGACGCCCCUCCCUGCUGCUGCUGGGGAGGGGCAGGCUGCUGGAGCCGCCCUCUGAGUUGCCCGGGAUGGUAGUGCCUCUGAUGCCAGCCCUGGUGGCUGUGGGCUGGGGUGCAUGGGAGAGCUGGGUGCGAGAACAUGGCGCCUCCAAGGGGCGGGAGGAGCACUAGGGGCUGGGGCAGGAGGCUCCUGGAGCGCUGGAUUCGUGGCACAGUCUGAGGCCCUGAGAGGGAAAUCCAUGCUUUUAAGAACUAAUUCAUUGUUAGGAGAUCAAUCAGGAAUUAGGGGCCAUCUUACCUAUCUCCUGACAUUCACAGUUUAAUAGAGACUUCCUGCCUUUAUUCCCUCCCAGGGAGAGGCUGAAGGAAUGGAAUUGAAAGCACCAUUUGGAGGGUUUUGCUGACACAGCGGGGACGGCUCAGCACUCCCUAAAAACACACCAUAGAGGCCACUGGUGACUGCUGGUGGGCAGGCUGGCCCUGCCUGGGGGAGUCCGUGGCGAUGGGCGCUGGGGUGGAGGUGCAGGAGCCCCGGGACCUGCUUUUCAAAAGACUUCUGCCUGACCAGAGCUCCCACUACAUGCAGUGGCCCAGGGCAGAGGGGCUGAUACAUGGCCUUUUUCAGGGGGUGCUCCUCGCGGGGUGGACUUGGGAGUAUGCAGUGGGACAGGGGGCUGCAGGGGUCCUGCCACCACCGAGCACCAACUUGGCCCCUGGGGUCCUGCCUCAUGAAUGAGGCCUUCCCCAGGGCUGGCCUGACCGUGCUGGGGGCUGGGUUAACGUUUUCUCAGGGAACCACAAUGCACAAAAGAGGAACUGGGGUUGCUAACCAGGAUGCUGGGAACAAAGGCCUCUUGAAGCCCAGCCACAGCCCAGCUGAGCAUGAGGCCCAGCCCAUAGACAGCAAAGGCCACCUGGCCCAUUCCCUGGGCAUUCCCUGCUUUGCAUUGCUGCUUCUCUUCACCCCAUGGAGGCUAUGUCACCCUAACUAUCCUGGAAUGUGUUGAGAGGGAUUCUGAAUGAUCAAUAUAGCUUGGUGAGACAGUGCCGAGAUAGAUAGCCAUGUCUGCCUUGGGCACAGGAGAGGGAAGUGGCAGCAUGCAUGCUGUUUCUUGGCCUUUUCUGUUAUAAUACUUGGUGCUUUCCAACACACUUUCACAUGUGUUAUAACUUGUUUGAUCCACCCCCUUCCCUGAAAAUCCUGGGAGGUUUUAUUGCUGCCAUUUAACACAGAGGGCAAUAGAGGUUCUGAAAGGUCUGUGUCUUGUCAAAACAAGUAAACGGUGGAACUACGACUAAA